UUUAAAUCGGUUCACGGACUCUACAACUGGAUAACCGUAGAAAGGGGUAGAGACAGAGAGAGUGCAGAGAGUAGGCAACAAUGGCGUCUUCGUCUCUUUAUCAUCUUUCUCCUUUUCGUCCUUAUAAAUCUCCAUCGUCAUCAUCAUCCUCUUUUCGCCGUGAUGUAUCUGUUCCUGUGGCUUGUAGUGCUUCCCGCAGACUUGCUCUGAUCCAACUCGGAACCGUGAUACCUCAGUCACAGUUAUUUGGCGUGAAUGCAUCUACAUUACUGAAAUCUGAUGGAAACAUGACCGAUGUUAGCACAGUUGCAAAUACAGCAAAACCUCUCACCGAGGAAAAUGCAUUAGAUUGGUUGAGAAAGGAUAAGAGGAGAAUGUUACAUGUUGUUUAUCGUGUUGGGGAUUUGGAGAAAACUAUAAAGUUUUAUACCGAGUGCUUGGGUAUGAAAUUGUUAAGGCAACGCAACAUACCAGAAGAAAGAUAUGCGAAUGCUUUCUUGGGAUAUGGACCUGAGGAGUCUAAUUUUGUUAUUGAACUUACGUACAAUUAUGGAGUCGACAAGUAUGACAUUGGAACUGGUUUUGGACACUUUGGUAUUGCAGUUGAAGAUGUUGCAAAAACAGUGGAUCUUGUAAAAGCCAAGGGAGGAAAAGUUACAAGGGAACCUGGUCCACUCAAAGGUUCUAGUACAGUCAUUGCCCUCAUCGAAGAUCCAAAUGGCUACAAAUUUGAGCUCCUUGAGCGAAAGAGCCGUAUACUUGAGCCCCUUUGUGAAGUGAUGUUAAGAGUAGGAGAUAUUGAUCGCUCCAUCAAGUUUUAUCAGCAGGCAUAUGGCAUGGACCUCCUUCGGAAAAAAGAUGAUCCUGAGAACAAGUACACAAUAGCCGUGAUGGGUUAUGGCUCUGAAGAUGUAAGUGCAGUUUUGGAGUUGACAUACAACUAUGGUAUCACAGAAUAUGACAGAGGCAAUGGUUAUGGACAGAUUGCAAUAGGGACCGAUGAUGUGUAUAAGACUGCAGAAGUUGUUAAACUGUUUGGUGGAGACAUAGUCCUUGAACCUGGUCCUUUGCCGGUCAUAAACACAAAGAUUACCGCCUGCGUGGAUCCAGAUGGUUGGAAAUCGGUCUUUGUCGAUAAUGUGGACUUCAUGAAAGAACUAGAGUGAAAACCUCAUUGGUAUAGAAGCUGGGUAGUCAACAAGUAUUGACCAGAUCCAUCUAUAGAGUUCGUAUUGAAAAUCGAUGUCCUGCAUGUGCAAUUGAAUUUCUUAAAUUGAAUAAAUCUUUCCACUCAAAUUGUAAACACAACCACUCGCUGUAGAUGUAAUCCACUCACUGUACAAUUUCAACAAUGCAAUCACCUUUGCUUUGUG